AUGCAUAUUGUCGUGGUUUUUGCUGAGAAAACUUGGUAUGAUUAUUACGAUUUCGAUUACGGCUAUAACAAUAAGACCUCCUAUGGAUGGCUCUUGAUUCCAGCAAUCAUCGCAAUAGGUGUCGGUAUUUGGUGGAUAUAUAAGAAGAAGUCAGCCAAUGAAACGGCGAACACUAUUGUUGUUGCAAAACCAGUUGAAGCUGGAGCAUCAGCAGUGGUACCACCACCUCAAGCAAUUCCAGCAGUACAAGCUCCACAGCCUUCCUUGACUUGA